AGAAGACUGAGAUGAAUCAAAUCUGACAAUGAAUGAGGUCAUUAAAUGGACGACAAAGGUGAUGAAACUAAACUGAACAUUAAACCAAGAGGAAUCAGACACUGUAUUCAGUAAAAAAUCCUGCAAAUGUCUGACAUGUAAAGACAUUACUCAUUCAUCAGAUGAUUCAUUGACAGACAUCAGAUGAGAGGAGAUGCAUCCAGGACCAGACAAAUUAUUAUUAUUAUUGUUAUUAUUAUUAUUAUUAUAACCAUGGACAGAUUCAAGUUGACUCAAACUAAGGACAUGAGGGGCAGACAAGACGUGUCCUGGAGACAACCUGGUCCAGUUCCAGGUCUAGGUCUAGGAUGAGGAGGUGAAUGUCUCCAUCGUCUGGUUAUGACUCCACAGUGAGGUAAACCCAAAAUUAACAGCAGCAGGAACUUCUGAGAUAGAUGUCACUGAGCUGAUGAUGGUUUCAUUGGACUGUGUGUGAGGACACACUCUCUGGAAUAUUUGUUCUUGUGACUCCACCUUCUGGGGGGGGCACUGUCUGCUGAGCCUGGAAAACGAAUGAGAAGCUGAGAUGGAAAGAGACUCUACGACACUGGCUUUGAAUCCCAGCAGCUCCGAGGCACUGGCGAGGCAGCGAUGGAGGGGGUGGGGGUUGGACAUGCACCGCCUGCAGAUAGAAAACGACAACCCCAGACCCACAUAGACCAGACCUGCGUAGACCAGACUGGAACAGACUCUGGUCUAGAUCCACCACCAGCACUGGGACAUUACUCAUCAUUUACUUUUCUUCUUCUCUUUUUCUUUUUCAGGAUUAUUUGAAUUUUUAUAACAUGACAAACUUUUCCAUAUUCUCACAGCCUUCCAGAACUGUAGAGGAGCUGAUUUUCCUCAGGUUUCUUAAGAAAACACUUGGACAAGCCGACAGUUUUUGGAAUGAUCAUCAAAGACAUGUUGCAUAACUCUGGUGUAUCUGAAUAGGUUCAGAUAAAAACAGAUGAUCUACAUCCACAGCAUUUGAGUCAUAAAUGGAUGUGAUGGUUCUUCAAAGAACAUCUGAGGAUGAGGACAUGGAUGCUCAUGUAAAACAUCACCUCAGCCUGGAGCAAAAACAUCUGUCAUUUAAACCAGGAAAUCAGAUACAACGGAUACAAAUAGAACAGAGGUGUUUGUUACCUGCGGAUGCCACCCCCACCCCCUGGAGCAGCUUCACCAGGUGACCUCACCUGUUUCAACCAGAAAAACCUCAGUGUGUGAAUCUAGACCAGAUCCAGGGUCAGUUUUGUCACAUGAUUUUCACUUUAUUCUACUGAUUUUUAUUCCUUUCCGGUCGAUGUAAAAGACAUUUUAAGCUGGUUUUAAUCACCUAAAUAUCUUAAUUCUUUUAAUUUUGUAGAGAAACUGUUCACAUUAGGCUUAAAGAGGCUUAAAUACUGAAUAACAACCGCUGAAUAUUUAUUUUUGAUGUUAUUUCUCAGUUUACUUUUAUAUCUUGACAUAAGAUGUUAAACUGAAAGUAUACUAUUCAUCUACAGAGCUAACAACUUUACAUUAGCUUCCUUUAAUAUAGACAUUUAUUUAAGAUAUUGUAUUAGGUUACCUUUCCCUGUGGCUAAUAUUAUGUUAGCUUAUUUUUUGCUGUUGAUGUUACUACAUUUAGCUUACCUUUUAUCCUUCUAGCCCUAGAUGUGAAAUUUGUGCGUCACUAGAAUUAUGUUGCAUUUCCUUUUGAAUACAAAUAUAAUUUUAUAAUGCUUUUAAUGCUUUUAUAAUAUAAUUUUAUAAUGCCUUGUCAAUGUACCUGACAUGUCCAUUGUGACCGAUAGAGUUACAUUAGCUUAUGUUUUAAUGCCACAGUAUUUGAUAGAACUAUGUUAACUUACUUUUUAAUUCCUAUGUGGCUACUACAUUAGCUUACCUUUUACAUGCACUGCACUCGACAAGUUAACUUAGGUUUUAUAUCCACCGUUACUUACAAUGCUACUUUAGCUUUCUUUUAAAUGCUAAACUGUUUGAUCAUGCAGUGUUAGCUUAGCUUUAUAUCCAUGGUGGCUCAUAAUGUCAGAUGGCUUUGUGUUCAUCAGGCUGUUGUAGCUUCUACCUUUGCUUUUUGGCUCCUUCUGGUCUGAUUUUAACUGAAAUCUAAUUAAAUUUUGGUCCAUUCCUUCUAAGAACCUGUGAGUUUAGAUAAUGCCACUGAGUUGCAGAAUUUCUCAGAGAAGAUCUGGACCAAAGCUGGACCACGUGGACUCAUCAUGUGAUUGAAGUUGAUAUAACUUGUUAAAACGUUCUUGUCUCUGACCUGGUGAUGGUGCCUCCAACAUCAACAACCGCCAACAAACCCCACAUCUGCCUCCUUUCUGUCCUGAUCAUGACCAGUCUGGCGCUGAUGGACGCCUACCUCGUGGAGCAGAACCCUGGUCCCAGGAGGCUCAGCGUCUGCAUCACCGUUUUGGCGGGAGAUGCUUGCUUCCUUGUCGUGCUCCGUUAUGUGGGUGUCUGGGUGGGGUUGGAGGUGCACACGGCCCGCCGAGGCUAUGCCAUGAUCCUCUGGUUCUUCUACAUCUUCAUCCUGGAGAUUAAAGUCUACUUUGUGUAUCAGAACUAUAAAUCUGAGAACGAGUCGGCUGGUGUAAACAGGAGGGUGCUGACGCUGCUGCUGUCGGUGUUUACACCCAUUGUGUUCCUGACACUGGCCGCUGUUGACCAUCUGGAGUAUCUACGACCGUACAAGAAGAGAGAGGAGAUUCGGAGCCGACUGUUCUGGGUGGUGGUGGACCUGCUGGAUGUUCUGGACGUCCAGGCCAACCUGUGGGAGCUGCAGAGAGAUGGGCGCCCCCUGUGGGUAGAGGGGCUGACCUUCUUCUACUGCUACAUCCUGCUGCUGGUGCUGCCAUGUGUUUCCCUGAGUGAGAUCAGCCUGCAGGGCGUCAACAUCGUCCCACAUAAGAUGAUGCUGUACCCCCUGGUCAGCCUGGCCUCCAUCAACAUCACCACGCUGCUGAUCCGGGGGGGGAACCUACUCAUAUUCCACGACCUGCGAGUGUCGGGGGUCAUGAUGGCCAAGAACAUCAUCGCUAUUGUUGUAAAGAGCUGCAGUUUGGUUCAGUACAGGAAGCACCAGCCAGAGACUCCUCCCCCAGGGAAGGAUGAGGAGCAGAAGAAAGAUGCCCCAACCACCGUCGCUGCCGUCCAGACAGUGCUGGUGCCCAGAGUGGUGAUUGAAGACUUCACCUCCAUACCAGAGGAGGAGGAGGAGGAGGAGGAGCAGGAGGAGGAGAAGGAGGAGGAGGAGGAGGAGGAGGAGGAGGAGGAGGAGGAGGACAGUCGGGAGAACCAACAAUGA